GUAUGGAGGGUGGGAACCAGGGCAGAUCUAGAAGCUUGUUGCCCUUGGUGGCUCCCUAAAGCUCAUCCCAAGGCCCAGGGUAGAUUUCAUUCAGGUGACUGAGAAGUUGAACAUAGAUAACCUCUCGGCUCCCCCCGCUAUCCAGUCUGGGCCCACCCAUGGCUGCUGCACCAGUGGAAGGACUUGCUUGCGGGUUGCUGGUUGAGAAGACGACCGACUCACCAGCGGCUGAGUUCUCGCUGGUGGAGGACGUGGCAUUGCAUUUCGCCUGCUUAAUGGGCCGCCUGAAUGAGCAGCGCCUCUUCCAGCCUGACCUCUGCGACGUGGACCUGGUGCUGGUGCCCCAGCGCAGUGUCUUCCCGGCGCACAAGGGUGUGCUAGCUGCCUACAGCCAGUUCUUCCACUCGCUCUUCACCCAGAACAAGCAGCUGCAACGUGUGGAGUUGUCCCUGGAGGCUCUGGCGCCUGGUGGCCUGCAACAGAUCCUCAACUUCAUCUACACAUCCAAGCUUCUGGUCAACGCGGCCAACGUCCACGAAGUGCUCAGUGCCGCCUCGUUGCUGCAGAUGGCUGACAUCGCUGCAUCCUGCCAGGAACUGCUGGAUGCCCGCUCCCUAGGGUCCCCCGGUCCCGGUACUGUGGCCCUGGCCCAGCCGACCACGAGCUGCAGCCCAGCCACGCCACCCUACUACUGUGACAUCAAGCAGGAGGCUGAUGCCCCAGGCCUGCCCAAGAUCUAUGCGCGAGAGGGCCCUGACCCCUACUCUGUGCGCCUUGAGGAUGGGGCGGGGGCUGCGGGUGGCACGGUGCCUGCUGCCAUUGGGCCAGCUCAGCCUUUCUUCAAGGAGGAGAAGGAGGGUGGCAUCGAGGAGGCCGGUGGGCCCCCAGACAGCUUGUGCAAGCUGGAGGGUGGGGACGACUUGGGGGAAGAGCUGGGGGGCUCCGGCGCAUACGGCCACCAGGAGCAGUCCCGUAUCAUCGUGGAGGUGAACCUUAACAAUCAGACCCUGCAUGUGUGUGCAGGGCCCGAGGGCAAGCCGGGCCCAGCCACGGGCACGGGCCCCAAGGUGCUGGGCCGGGAGGACGGGCUGCAGAGACACCCAGAGGAGGAGGACGAGGACGAGGACGAGGAGGAGGACGACGAGGAGGAUGACGGGGAGGAGGACGAGGAGGACGAGGACGAGGAGGAGGAGGGAGAGGGUGGUGGCAGCGGAGGGGAGGAGGAGGAGGAGGAGGAGGAUGAAGAGGAAGGGCACAGUGAGCAGGAGGAGGAGGAGGGAGAGGGGCACAGUGAGCAGGAACAAGAGAGCUUGGAGGAGGAGGGAGAGGGGCAGGAGGGGGAGGCAGGGGGCAGGCGGCGGCCAGCAGGGCGCCGGGACAGCCGGGCCGACCCCUCGGCCCACAGCCGCAUGGCCACGCGGUCCCGGGAGAAUGCCCAGCGCCGGGGCCUCCCUGAGCCAGAGGAAGCCAGGCCGCGGGGUGGGAGGCGGCCAAAGCCACCCCCGGGAGUGGCCCCUGCAGGGGCCCGAGGGCCGCAGGCCACUGAUGGGCUCGGGGCCAAGGUGAAGCUGGAGGAGAAGCAGCACCACCCGUGCCAGAAGUGCCCUCGUGUUUUCAACAACCGCUGGUACCUGGAGAAACACAUGAACGUGACCCACAGCCGCAUGCAGAUCUGUGACCAGUGUGGCAAGCGCUUCCUGCUGGAGAGCGAGCUGCUGCUGCACCGGCAGACGGACUGUGAGCGGAACAUCCAGUGUGUUACAUGUGGCAAAGCUUUUAAGAAGCUCUGGUCCCUCCAUGAGCACAACAAGAUCGUGCAUGGCUAUGCGGAGAAGAAGUUCUCAUGUGAAAUCUGUGAGAAGAAGUUCUACACCAUGGCCCAUGUGCGCAAGCACAUGGUCGCCCACACCAAGGAUAUGCCCUUCACCUGCGAGACCUGUGGGAAGUCCUUCAAACGCAGCAUGUCUCUCAAGGUGCACUCGCUGCAGCACUCCGGGGAGAAGCCGUUCAGAUGCGAGAACUGCAACGAACGCUUCCAGUACAAGUACCAGCUUCGGUCGCACAUGAGCAUCCACAUCGGCCACAAGCAGUUCAUGUGCCAGUGGUGUGGCAAGGACUUCAACAUGAAGCAGUACUUCGACGAGCACAUGAAGACCCACACAGGGGAGAAGCCGUACAUCUGUGAGAUCUGCGGCAAGAGCUUCACCAGUCGGCCCAACAUGAAGCGGCACCGGCGCACGCACACGGGCGAGAAGCCCUACCCCUGCGAUGUCUGUGGCCAGCGGUUCCGCUUCUCCAACAUGCUCAAGGCCCACAAGGAGAAAUGCUUCCGCGUCAGCCAUGCCCUGGCCAGCGACAGCCCCACCACCACCCCGGGCCUGUGCCCCGCCCGGCCCCAGGCCCACACACUGCCCCUGCUCCCUGGGCUGCCCCAGACCCUGCCGCCCCUGCCCCACCUGCCGCCCCCACCUCCGCUCUUCCCCACCACAGCCAACGCCGGCGGGAGGCUGAACGCCAACAACUAACCGUUAGCUGCACCUGCAGGACCUGGAGCCCAGACUGCCUCUUGGGGGGACCCACUGCCCUUGCUUCUUUGUGGGAGGGCAGCAACCUGCCUGGCACCACUCCCCACCUCCAGAGUGGCUGGGCACUUUGUGCUUGAGGCCCCAACCCUGGGGGUUGCAGGCUGGUAUCCCCCCAGAGCAGGUGGGGGAUACUGCACUCCCAAGUGUCCCCUUUUCAGUGACUCCUUGAAGCCUUUACUCUUUUUUUGUGGAAGGAAGAAAGAAGAAACUUUGCAGCACCCCCUCCAGGUGAGGGGGUUGCUGAAGGCAGCAGGUGCAGUUGGGAGGAAGGGGCCUAGAUAGCAAGUGUGACCUGGGUCGCUGCUGAGGCCUGAGCUGGGGGCGGGGGGGCCAGGCCGAGCCUGAGUCAGCUUCAGCAGCUCAUCUCCACCUCCCUUGUGCCCCCUAACUUGCCUCUUGUCCUGGAGAGUUUGGGGGAAAGUUGGGGUGUUAGCCCCCUUUGGAGGAAUUGACCCACUGUGAGAGCUGCAGACAGACAGGCAGGGGCUUGGUUAGUGAGUUGGGUGGGGAGUGGCAAGGUGCAAAGACUGCAGACCCAGCUCCGCACCGUGCGGUACGGGCCAGGCAGGGACUGGAGCCCAGGCAUUUGCUUUCCCUGCCACAACCCUGCCAGCAGGCAUAGGGACCCCCCACCCUGCACCAGGCAGCAGCAUGGGCCCUGAGUCCUGGAGAGGACCUUGGGCCUCAGGGUGCAGGUCAGGCCCUGGGUAGGCAGAUGGGCUGGCUCCCAGCUCCAGAUCCCAGCGGCUGCAGUCAGAGCGCCCCUGCCAUGGGCAGACCCUGGGGACAGGGCCCUAAGGGGAGGAUUGGGCAAAUGUUUUAAGGUUUCAAGGUGCUAUUAGUGGGGCAGGGGGCAGGGCUUCUGCUCACAGAGCACCCCGUCCCUCACCAGCUACCCUGGCUGUGUCUCCCACACUAGAGAAGAUGUGUGUGUCCAUGUCCAUCUCAGCGCCCUGAAGGCGGCAUCAGGCCUCCUCCUCUCCUUAGGCACAGUCACCACCCACCCCUGCUGGUGCCCAGUAUUUUUGUCCCUCUUGGGCCACUGUGCUGGUGGGGAGGCCCCGACUGCCUGUGGGGGGCCUAGGUGUUCAGGCCCCAGGCCGGGACAGGGUGUAGGGGGAGCCCCAGCCUGUGCUCAGUGCUUAACGCUGUCACUGAUAGGACACACUUUUUUGUUGUCAUUUAAUGUCUUUAUUCCUGCCUUUAAAAUGGGGAGGAAGGUUCCAUAAGCUACGUGUUUCCUAGUUAAGCUCUCUCCUAUUGUGUUUAUACAGUUUUGUUUGUCAUACUCUGCACCUUAAACCCCCAUGACCACCCCCACAUUACCACCUUCCCGAGCAUGGCUGGGGUGGGAAGAGGCCUGAGGUCAGGGAGGCAGUGGGGAGAGCUGAGUCCCAUCAGCCCAGGGGCUGGUGGGUCGGAACCCCUCUGACCUCCUUGUGAUGCCUGUGGCACUGGGGCAGGGGGCUGGGGUCAUUUUAAUCAUCAAUAAACGAAGCACUUUAUUCUCUACAGAUGUGGGGAGGCCCAAGGAGCCCGAGUGAUUCGAGGAUUAACAAUCCAAGCUCCAGCCCCGAUUGUUCUCUGGGUUCAGAGGGGGCAGUGCUCUGGCUGCCUGAGUGUGAGGCUGCAGCGGGUACAAGCCAGAGCCUGAGGGUGCCCCUGAGGCUCCCCUGCCAUUCUCUGGGGAGGGGAGGCAGGCCCCUCUGUGAGAGAGGAAGGUCUCAGCUCUGCAGCUCCCCUGCCCCAAGGGGGUCCCAGCCUCUUACGGGUCAGUGGCUGGGCCUCCUAGGCUCCCGCUUUACUGUGGCUCUUUGCCUCUGCUGCACCCCUUGAUCUCUGGGCUUCUGUGGCAUCUCAGGGUCCCUCUCCCGACUUGCCCCUCUUGCUAUUUCUAACCUCUGGUCCCAGUGCCUGACAGCUCUUCAGAGCUGACUCACAUUUCCCCAAACAGGUUGAUCUCCCCCAAUGGGUUGUAGGCUGGGUCCCCCAUGGCUUCCCCAACCCAUGUCACUGACACCUAGGUCUCAUGAGGGCUGGUGACCUUGUCGACAGCUAGCCCCACUGAGCCUUAGCUGGCUGUGCCCCUAGUCUUUCAGAUGCUGACAAGUAGAGGCUAGAGAUGGGGGUCUGGGUGCUGAUGGAACCCUGUCCCAGGACGUGGGUGUCCUGUCCUUGUGCACCUCCCCUCUGAGGGCAGGAGGCAGGUCCAGACGCUGGGCUCUGGCCAAGUGCUGAUCAUAGCUGCAGGUGGGCAUGGCCAAGCCCUCCCCUGGGAGGCCCCAGUCCCAGCAGGGCCUGGUGCUAAAUGCUCUCUUCCCCUUAGGCCAUUAUAGGGGGGAGCUCCUUUCCAGCCAGAUCACAAAGGUCUGAAGCAAUAAUGGAACCUCAGCAGUGCCAGUAUGGAUGGGGUUCUUGUUUUACCAGCUUUUUAUGUUAAAAACAAAUUAGCAUCUGGCUAUUGCAGGGAGGGGACAACUGGGCAUCAUACCCACCUCCCAGGGCUGUGGUGGCGGUUGGGAGGCCUGGGGGUUGUCACCUCUACUGGUAAUCUACUGGGGGCUCCUUCAGUCCAGAACCUGGGCCUGCCCCCUCCCCCACCCCACCCUGCCCUGGCUCCCUAGUUUGGGGCCAGCUUGGGGUGAGUGGCCAGAGAAAUGAGCUGGGCCUUAAGCCCCAUGAUCACAGCUCUGAAGCCAGGACUGGGGUCCCAGCCUGAGCCUCAGACCCCGGUGCAUGCUGCCAUGGCUGCCACAGCACCUCUCAUCAGGGGCUCGGUGGUGGCCGAGUGGCUGCACUCAGGCAUGUGGACCCUCGAUGCCUGGGCCCCAGCGCAUGUGGGGUCAGCAGGAGGGUGCGGAGAAGAGUGAAGGGGAAUAAAGUCAGUACAGCUGUG